UAUGUAUGCUUUGCGAUGUUGUUAAUUUCAAUACGGAUAGAGAGAAGGUGAUAAUACAAUCAGUAUGAAUUGACCCCGCCUCCCGGUCCCCCCGGAUUUACAAACGUAUUUUCCGUCACGCCAUUUUCCACCGACUACCGAAUAAACCAACCGGAGAAGCGGAUAAUCGGUGCCGGUUAAUUGCAGAUCCAGUCAUGCAUCGUGACUGUCCUCUCGACUGCAAAAUCUAUGUUGGAAAUUUGGGCAACAAUGGAAACAAGACAGAGUUAGAGAGGUCAUUUGGCUACUAUGGUCCUCUCCGCAGUGUUUGGGUCGCCAGGAACCCUCCAGGCUUUGCAUUUGUAGAAUUUGAAGAUCCCAGAGAUGCAACUGAUGCAGUGCGUGAGCUUGAUGGAAGGACGUUGUGUGGUUGCCGGGUGCGAGUGGAGUUGUCCAAUGGUGAGAAGCGCAGUCGCACCCGGGGCGCUCCCCCACCAUGGAGCAGGCGUCCUCGAGACCGAGACGAUAACAGGCGUCGUAGCCCACCAGCCAGAAGAAGAUCCCCACGCAGGAGGAGCUUCAGCCGCAGUCGAAGCAGGUCUUUCUCCAGAGACAGGAAGAGGGAGAGGUCCCUUUCCCGGGAAAGGAACCACAAACCUUCAAGGUCUUUCUCACGCUCAAGAAGCCGCUCCAGAUCUAACGACAGAAAGUAGAGGAACGUCUGUCAGGUUCAAAGGGAGCUGAAGAGAAACGGUUGGCCGUUUCAAAAUGAUGAGGUUCAACAAGGCCGUGUGGCCUUUUUGUGUUUUUUGUUGAUGAGUUUUUAAAACAAUCAAGCAUUUUAGUGUCCCUCCCCUUUACCUGUUAUUGUACUUUUCACAUGCAUUGAGUGGGUGUGUAGUCCACGCUGUCAGUACUGAAAAAGUCGUGGCACCCAGCAUUCCAGCUCACCAGUUUUUGUCAAUGAAUGUACCGUGUAGUUUGACAUAGUAAGUAGUUCCUCUUUUUCAGCUAUUUUUUUUUUAAGUAAGGAGUGUGACGAUUUCUGCUUUUGAUUGUCUGUAACCAGCCUAUUUUUCAAUGUGCUACUUUUCUUUCUUCACACUGAAGGUUUCCAUCUGUCAAUGGUUGGUUGUUUGUUAAAAAACACACCCACACAUUAAAGAUGCAAAACUAUGGCAUUUAUUUAAAAAAAAAGAAAUGUGUUAUGAACACAAGACUGAAUUUUGUCUAUAAAGUUUUCCAUGAUUUUUCUUUUGUUUGAUACAAUGUGAAAUGGUCUCUUAAUUAAAGAUACCGGUUGAUUACAAAAGAACAGUUUAUAUGUAUUUAUUUCCUGAGGAAAAGCAAAUAUACUGCAUUAUUUUUCUCCACAAGAGGGCACUCCUGCAGUAUAGGUUGAGGAGCUGAACAGGAGUCAAUGACACAUUAAAUGGUACAGUUAAAGUGUUUGCUCAAUUCCUGUUUCCUAUUUGUGUAUGCUGCAAUUUAUUUGGUAGCGCUGCUCUGCUUUCCCUUUAAUAAGCCAAUUUCUCUUGAAAUGUAAAACUUUUACACCUGCUAA